GUCCCGCGGCUCCCCGGAGGGCCAGGAGGGCGCCGCUGGAGUCCUGUUCUUUUGUUGGACGGCGCGACUUGCGGGGUGAUCCGGAAACGACGAAAGCCGGACGAGCGGCCCAGAGAGCGCUGCUCGGACGGGGGCCCGGGGAACCCGGGGCGUUGGGGGUUUGAUCUGCGCCCUGGGGUUGGCAGCAGAGAGGCCGCGGUGGUCACUUCCUCCCUUCCCCAGGCCUUGGUGGAGGCUCAGGCGGGGCAUGCGCAGUCCCCCACCUAGCGCUUUGUGAGGCGAAGUGCCGGGUGUCCAGGGGGCACCGUUGAUCGAUUGGCCAAAGACCAAGAGGCAAGCCCGGGGCAUUGGCUGGGGAGAGAUGGCCAAACAGCGCCCUGGGCGGGGUGGAGGAGGGUGCUCUGGUAGGCACAGUAGAGUGGGCAGUCAGCCAACCAUACGUUUACUGACCCCUGCACAGUGCCAGGCCUCAGGCUAGACGUGAGGGAGACACGUGAGAGGGCGGGCUCCCUGCCCUCUGCAGCACUGUGGCUUAGGGGCAGAGGGAUGCGUCACCUCUCAACAAGCAAGCAGUGUAGCUCAUUUCUGUUCCUGACAAGAGCUGUGAUGGAAAUAAAACUGGGAGGUGACUCUGAGCUGAGCCCCAGAAAGAUAAGAUGGAGAACCUGGGAAUGCUCUUGCAGACCAUCCCCUCCCCUUCUCCCCACAGGACUUUUCAAAACACAACUCAUGCACUGGCCCUCCAGACUCCACAGAUUUCAUGGGAACCCUCCCUUCAGUAGUCAUUAUUUGUCAUUACAUUCCUCCCUGAUUCUCUAGAUCAGGCGUCCCCAACCCCUGGGUUGCUGAACAGGAGGUGAACGGCCAGUGAGCGAAGCUUUGUCAGUAUUUGCAGCCGCUUCCCAGCGCCAGUACCACCGCCUCAGCUCCACCUCAGAUCAUCAGGCAUUAGAUUCUCAUAGGAGCACUGAUGUCUGGUGCCAAAAAGGUUGGGGACCGCUACUCUAGAUUGUCUCUUCCAUUCUGCCUCUGAGCCUUUGCACUUACUGUUCCCUCUACCUGGAAAACCAACUCCCACCCCUACCUACUUUCAUAUAUUCAUCUUUCUUGUCUCAGCUCCAGCAGAGGACUGGCUUACAGUAACUGCGCCUGACUCACACUGUCAUAAUGCUGUUUGUCAUUUUCUUCAUGACUCCAGUUUCUACUCAUCUUGAUUAUUUUAUUUAUGGCCAUUCCUUCCCCUAGGUGUCAACUCCAGCACAGUUUGUCUGUCUUGCUCGUUCCUGUGUCCCUGGUGCCUAGAACAGAGCAUGGCACACAGUAGAAGCUCAGUAAAGGGCCCUGAGUGCCAGUGGUGGUGCUGUCCCUUGUCACCUGGAACCCCAUGCAGCCGGAACCUGGGCCUAGUGGGGCUGGGGCCCGCACCCGAUUCCUACCCCUGAGGUCACAGCGCCCCAAGGGGGCAGGGGACACGGUGAUGUACGCCUCCACCGAGUGCAAGGCUGAGGUGACACCCUCCCAGCAUGGCAACCGCACCUUCAGCUACACACUGGAGGACCACACCAAGCAGGCCUUUGGUAUCAUGAAUGAGCUGCGGCUCAGCCAGCAGCUGUGUGAUGUCACGCUGCAGGUCAAGUACCAGGACGCACCUGCUGCCCAGUUCAUGGCCCACAAGGUGGUGCUGGCCUCGUCUAGCCCUGUCUUCAAGGCCAUGUUCACUAACGGGCUGCGGGAGCAGGGCAUGGAGGUGGUGUCCAUCGAGGGCAUCCAUCCCAAGGUCAUGGAACGUCUCAUCGAGUUUGCCUACACAGCCUCUAUUUCCAUGGGCGAGAAGUGUGUGCUCCAUGUCAUGAAUGGUGCUGUCAUGUACCAGAUCGACAGCGUCGUCCGUGCCUGUAGUGACUUCCUGGUGCAGCAGCUGGACCCAAGCAACGCCAUCGGCAUCGCCAACUUCGCUGAACAGAUUGGCUGUGCUGAGCUGCACCAACGCGCCCGCGAGUACAUCUACAUGCACUUUGGGGAGGUAGCCAAGCAAGAGGAGUUCUUCAACCUGUCCCACUGCCAGCUGGUGACUCUCAUCAGCCGGGAUGAUCUGAAUGUGCGCUGCGAGUCCGAGGUCUUCCAUGCCUGUAUCAACUGGGUCAAGUACGACUGCGAGCAGCGACGCUUCUACGUGCAGGCGCUGCUGCGGGCCGUGCGCUGCCACUCGCUCACGCCCCACUUCCUGCAGAUGCAGCUGCAGAAGUGCGAGAUCCUGCAGUCAGACUCCCGCUGCAAGGACUACCUGGUCAAGAUCUUCCAGGAGCUUACCCUGCACAAGCCCACACAGGUGAUGCCUUGCCGGGCGCCCAAGGUGGGCCGGCUUAUAUAUACCGCCGGUGGCUACUUCCGCCAGUCACUCAGCUACCUGGAGGCCUACAACCCCAGUGAUGGCACGUGGCUCCGGCUGGCAGACCUGCAGGUGCCUCGUAGUGGCCUGGCAGGCUGCGUGGUCGGCGGGCUGCUGUACGCCGUGGGUGGCCGGAACAACUCACCUGACGGCAACACCGACUCCAGUGCCCUGGACUGCUACAACCCCAUGACCAACCAGUGGUCGCCGUGCGCCCCCAUGAGCGUGCCACGCAACCGAAUUGGGGUUGGGGUCAUUGAUGGGCACAUCUAUGCUGUCGGUGGCUCCCACGGCUGUAUCCACCACAACAGUGUGGAGAGGUAUGAGCCAGAGCGGGACGAGUGGCACUUGGUGGCCCCAAUGCUGACGAGAAGGAUUGGGGUGGGAGUGGCUGUCCUCAACCGUCUGCUCUAUGCCGUCGGGGGCUUUGACGGGACGAACCGCCUCAACUCAGCUGAGUGCUACUACCCAGAGAGAGACGAGUGGCGAAUGAUCACACCCAUGAACACCAUCCGAAGUGGGGCAGGAGUCUGUGUCCUGCACAAUUGCAUCUAUGCUGCGGGGGGCUACGACGGUCAGGACCAGCUAAACAGCGUGGAGCGCUAUGACGUCGAGACGGAAACCUGGACGUUUGCAGCUCCCAUGAAGCAUCGACGAAGCGCCCUGGGGAUCACCGUGCACCAGGGGAGAAUCUAUGUCCUCGGAGGCUAUGACGGUCACACAUUCCUGGACAGCGUGGAGUGUUACGACCCAGAUACGGACACCUGGAGUGAGGUGACCCGCAUGACAUCUGGCCGGAGUGGGGUGGGCGUCGCUGUCACCAUGGAACCCUGCCAGAAACAGAUCGACCAGCAGAACUGUACCUGUUGAGCCACUUUGGUUUCUAGGGCAAAAAAAUGGUCCGAUCAAGAGUAUUGUCAUUUUCGUACAAAAACAGGGACAAAAGAAAAGGGACAGAGCAAAUGCUUGUUUUCAGGAUGGGAGGCUGGAAUGCCUCAGUGUUAAGAAGACAACUUGAAAGAAAAGAAUGCCAAGAGUGGGAAUCCACGAGCCCGUCAGAGUAAUCCCAGAAAUGUCCAAAAGAGCCUACCCAGGAGGCGGGUGCGGGAAGGGUGGGCUCCCAGGAGAGAAACCCCCAUACCCACUACCCCAAGACUAGGCCUGGGUCCCACACCAGCAGCUGCCACCUUUAGGGUGAAAGUAGGUGCUGAGGUCAGGUUUUUGUUCACUGCUCCUUUGUUAUUGGUUCCUGGAGGCCUGGGCAGGAGCAAGCUGAGGCGUUGGGAGUAAGGUCCUUCCGGAGGUAGGGACCCUGGGACAGGCCUCUCCAUAGGAACCACUGGAUAUCUGGACAGUCAUUUUGUUGAUAAGUAACCCUGUAACUUUCCAAUGAAAAUAAAGAACGAACUAACUGA